AUGAUUGCUCCAAAUCUCCUUCAAAUAAUAGUUGUGGGGGCAGGUUUAAUUGGUCCUAGACAUGCAUUACACGUUUCCAACAAUCCUCAAACUGAUUUAUUUGCAAUAAUAGAUCCUAACCCCGCCACUGCCGAUGUUGCGGAAACUUUCAACACGUUAUAUUUCCCAUCAAUUGAAUCAUGUAUGAAAUAUUGUGAUGAAAACUCGAUUCCAUACCCAGAUGGUGCCAUAGUGUGUACUCCCAAUCAUACCCAUGUUUCCGUGGGUGCUGAAUUAGCAUCCUAUGGAAUUCAUUUAUUAGUCGAAAAACCAAUAGGAAGUACACCUGAAGAUGCCAAGGCAUUAAAACAUUAUUGUGAGAUAAAAAAUGUAAAAGUUCUUGUGGGUCAUCAUAGAAGAUUCAAUCCUUAUAUCUUGGCCACAAAGAAAAACUUGUUUAAAGUUGGUCAAAUAAUUGCCAUUCAAGGAAGUUGGAUGUUGAGUAAACCACAAGAAUAUUUUGAUAUAUCACCAUGGAGGAAAAAUACAAGCACUGGAGGUGGUGUGCUAUUGAUCAAUUUAGUACACGAUUUGGAUUUAUUACAAUAUAUGUUUGGUAGGAUUCAGCGAAUUUAUGCAGAAUUACUACUGCAACAAAGAACUCAUGAAGCCGAUGAAGGUGCAGCCUUGACGAUUAAAUUCGAAAGUGGGGUAACUGGUACAUUCAUUUGUUCCGAUAAUGUCGUAUCACCGUUUAAUUUUGAAAGUGGUACCGGUGAAAAUCCUACAAUUCCUCAGAAUCAAGGGGUGUCAGGUAUUUAUCGUAUAUUUGGGUCUAAAGGUACCUUAUCGAUGCCUGAUAUGAAAUUGUAUCAUCAAGAUAAAGGCGUCACAUCUUCAUGGACUAAUCCAAUAAAUGAGACUGUUAUUGAACUGGAUUUGGACAAAUUACCGUUUGAUUCUCAGUUGGAACAUUUUAUUGAUUUAAUUAGAGGUAAUGUCAAAGAACCUUGGUGUUCAAUUGAUGAUGGUAUUUCUGCGUUAUUGUGUAUUGAUGCAGUUAUGAGGUCGAUUGAAAGUGAUAUGCCAGUGAAAGUUCAGGAUAUUAAAAGUGUGUCGGCCGAUUAUAAAAAGUUAGGGAUUGACCAAGGUGUUUUUAUGUAG